AUGGUUACGCGCGCCCGCACAGGCCAGCACCUCGUUAUUAACCCUCGGGAUUUUGCAGCAGAUGGCGCCACGUUUCACCUGGCUCAGCAUGGCUGGCAAGCGGCAUUCGCGGUAGCGAGGGAGGAGGAGAGUAAGGAGAGGGAGGAGAGGGAGCGCUUAUUGGACGACAUCCUGAACGCAGAGGUCCUGCUUGGGAUUGGACGCGGCUUCAUCGGCGGGGGGGAAAGGCAGCUGCCACAGAACUCUGGCCGCGACCCUUCAGCUGAGGCCGGGCGAACCUCGUCAGGGCGAACUGUGAGCAACAUCAACAGCGCCGGCGCUGCCCUCACAGACGAUGCAGUGUACCAACACCAACACCGGCCAGGGAGCUCCCACGCCGCUGCAGCACCACGGGGCGGAGGCCAGCUGGCCGACUGGCAGGGGGUCCUAUGCGAUUUGCUCACGCACACCGCCAGCCGUGCCGCCGAUGUGCGUCAGCUGAGGCAAAAGCUGGCUGAUGCGGUGCGGCUUUCCCGGCAAAACUACCUGGCGCGCUCCACCAUUAUGCCACUGGAGUUGCAGAGAGUCCUGGAGAAAACCCGCGACGCGCAGGAGCUGCAGACUGAGCUGCGGGGGUUAGUGCUGGAGUUUGCGCGGCCACGAUACCGCAGCUGCAUCACCUGCAGCGCGCGGCGGCUGGUGCGCAGCAGCCCCGAGCCUCCGCUCAACCGCUUCUGCUGCGGCCACUCGUGCUGCGUUUUCCCAGUGCGGUCAUGCAAGGAGGGCGGCUGGGACGAGCGAGGUGACUGGGCAGCGCUCUUUCCUCAGCCACUGCUGGAGGCCGCGUCUGUGGCAGCAGCAGCCGCCGCCGCGGCGGCGGGCGGUGGUGGUGGACCACCCAGGAAGGUUCGCCGGCUUUCCGAGCUGGCUGAGUUCGCUGAGUCCCCGGCGCCUUCCUCCCUGGAGGGAGGCGAGUCGCCCACACUCUACAGUGAUGGUGGGAACAACGCGGGCGUUGGUGCGCCUCAUGCGGCGCGUGCUGUUGUGCUGGUCUCGGGGGCUAGGCGGGGUCAGGCGGCGUCCGGCUUAGUAGGCCACGGGUCCGCAAUGUCAGGAGGCAUGGGUACAGCAUCUGGCGCUGCGGGGGCGGCGGCCGCCGGGCUUAGUCGGAAGCUCAAGCGGCGCACCGUGGAGGAGCACGUGGCAGUGAUUGUGGAUGAUGAUGAGGAGGGUGAGGAGCUGGAGGGGCCGCCGCAGAAGCGGCAGUCUCCGCAGACGGCGUUGCGGCUGGAAGCUGCGGACGCGGAGUUCACAGGCACGGCCGCUACGGCGCUGGAGGGUGAGGUUGAGGGCUGCGAGGACGAUCAACGCGGUAGCGGCGAUGCGGAGGAGGAUACAUCCCUGGUGGGGCCUCCAAGCGUCAACGCAUGGAUUCAGGAGGCUCCCGUCUCCACCGCUACCAUGGGGCCGGGGCAGCGGUCGGGACUGGCCGCUGACCCCAGCGCAAAGGCAGCGGCUCCCGACGACGACGGUGUACUGGGGUGGAGAUUUCAGGGGGGGGGGGGGGGGGCUUGUGAUUCGUCGUCGCUGCGCCUGCGUGUGCGUGGCGGCAUGUCCCUGCUGCAGACAGCCGGGCAGAGCCAGGCUGGGGUUGGUGCGAAGGCCAUUCCAUUGGUUCUUGGGGCGGCGGCGGCAGUCGCCGGGGGAGGGGGGGGGGGGGGCCCGCUGGACAGAAGCCGCGGCGGGCCCGGGGUGCCGCGGCUAGCGAUGCAACCCAUCGCAGCCGCACAUCAGCACCUGAUGGCGGCGACGUCCACGCAGAAACAGCACCAAGAGCAGCUCCAGCCUGCAUCCUUCCAUCGCCACCCUCACAGCCACGGUCAUUACCUCCAACACCGCCACCAUCAGCAGCAGCAGCACCAGCCCCAAAGACAGCGGCCGCAGCACUCUGUGCUCGGCUUGACCAGCCUCUCGGGGGACGGGGAUGCGGCCGAUUCGCCCCCUCGUCGCCGAGACUCCGUAGAUCUCGCGGCGACCUACCCGUUGCCUGCUAGGGGGCGCGAUAUGGGCAGAGGUGGCGGCGGCAACAGCGCCGUCGAUGGCGGCGGGUCGUACAACAGCGGGGCCUUGCGGCAAGGGGCGGACGGCUGCGCGCUGGGAGGGAGGUCACUCCAGGGAGGUGGCGUGAUUCCGGCAGUGACGGUGGUUGCGACGCAGCUGGGGACGCGUCCUCGCCGCGACGGCGGCCCCACGCCGUCGAACUCCACCGGCGGCCUCGCGCCCACCCGUUCCCAUCUUACAACCGCCGCCACGUCACCUCUUCAAGCACCGCAAGCAGAGCCCGCGGUAGAGCCCCAGCAGCAGCAACCCCUGCGGUUGCUGGCCCUGCCGCCGCCACAGCAGCAGCAGACGUCGCAGGGUCUUCGGACCGUCGCCCAGUACCAUCCCUACGAGCGUGUGCUACAGCCGAUGCCAUCGUCGAGGGGUCCGAGGCAGCCCCGGGCAGUGCAACUGCCAGACGGAGGGAUUGCAGUGGAUGUGGGCUUUGUGGACAGGGAUGGCGGCACGACAGAGGAGAUCGCCGCAGGGGCCCCGGCGGCAGUGGCUGCUCCGCAGCCAGCGGGCCUGGGCCGGUAUAGGCCUGCUGCUGCAGACGCAGCGGCGGCAGCAGCAGCUGCAGCGGCAGCUGCGGUCCUUGGAAUCCCUCUUGACCAGCAAGCCGAGAUCAUCACCCUGAAGGACGGCCGCCGCGCGGUGGUGCUGCCACCGGCGCCGACCUAUGAGGACGGUGUAGUCGAUGGCGAUGCACCUGGCGACGGUGGUGGCAACAGCUGUGCCGGUCUGUCCUCCGCUGCGGAUCUGGCGCCUGACAUGGGCGGCAUCCUGUACGCAACGUCCUCUGAUUUGGCGGUGACGCGGAACGGCAGCGGCAGCGGCGGCUCCCAGGUCGUGGCGCCCAUGGGCUUCAGUCGUCGGCAGCCGUCGGCACCGUUCGGCAUGCUGACACAGCAGCAACAGCUUGAGCUGGAGGAUCACGACGGGCAGGUGGGUGGGGGGCGGCCGCCGCAGCAGCAGCAGCAGCGCAGCAGGGAGCGGGCGGCCUCAGAGCAGACCCAGCUGCUGGAAACGCAGCAGACCCAGAUCACUGUCACUGGGGGAGCUGCAGUCCCACCGCCUUCUUCAUCCGCACCACUGCAACCACAUGACAAGCAACAGCAACAGCAACAACAAGCACGGCGGCGGGCGCAACAGCAGCAACAAACUUCCCAGCGGCAACAUCAGAACCGUCAGCUGCUGCAGCAAACGCCCCCCCAGCAACACAACCAGCUGACCAACGUCGGCUCCAACUCAGUUGUACUCCGCACGUCUCUGGGUCCAGGAGGAUCCGGUGGUCUACCGGCGGUACCCAGCACCACCAGUACAAUCAGCACCGUGGCCCAGCUCCUAGGGUCCCCCAGCGGCACUGUGCCGUCCCCUGCGGCGGCAACAGCAGCCGGGGCCCCCGGUACCCCUGCCACCGCUACCGCCGCCGCCGCCAGCGGCGGCGGCGCCGCUAGCGGUGGCGGUACGGCCAGUGGCGGCGGUGCGGCUAGCGGUGGCGCCGCCGCGCAGCGGGUCCUACGGACACCCGACGGUCGGGUAUAUCUUGUGGAGCCGGUGCUGUGGCCUGAGACCAGCAUGGACGGGAGCGGGGUUAGCGGCGGGAUAGCUGGCACGUGUGCUGCCGCGGUGCCGGCACCGGCGACGAUGGCAGCACUGCCGUCAUCUGCCAACGUGACGGAGGCAGGUCUCGGCGACGUUGGGUCUGGCAGCAGGGCUGCCUUGGCGGCGGCAGUGGGUUUGGCGGCGGCCUCCAGCGGACCCAUGGGCCCGCAGGGCACAGCUGCCGUAACCAGUCGCGCCGCAUUGGAGCCCGCAGCGUUAAACAGGGUCCAUGUCAUGCCAGCAAUGCCUGCGUUGCCGCCGCCCCAGCAGCUAGCGGCCAGGUCAGCGGCCCGGCGCCAAGCGCCAGCGGCAUCCGACAGCACCGGUAGCGGCGCCACCAACGGCCCCGCAGCCGCCACGGUGGUGACUGCUGCCGCCAAUGGCGGCCUCUCAGCCCCUAGUUCAUCCAUCUCCUCCGGUGUACGGCUCGGCAACGCGGUGUUGGGGAUUGUGCCGAAGCCGGCUUCGGCGGGCAGCAGCGGGCCAGGCCACAGCGCAGGCAAUAGUGGCUCCAGUGUCCGCCGGCUGCUGCUGCAGCCGAUUGCCUUGUCUGCCAACGAGCUCGGGGUAGACGUGAGGGAGCUUCCUACCGUACAGACGGGCCCAGUGGUGGCGUUGCAAUCGCCGCCUGCGCGUGCUGCUGCCGUUGUGGCGGCCGCAGCAGCAGCCGCUGCGGCGGCAGCACGCUUGAGCCUGGCAUCGCACGCCGCAACCGCGGCCAUUGCUGCCGCUGCGGCGGCCGCCGCUCCUGUUCCCGCAUCCGGCGAGGGACCCAACCAGGAACAGCAACAGCUGCAGCCCCCCCGGACAGAGGAAGCUGGCGCUUUGGGCGCCGCUCCUAUUCCUGUUCCGGUGCGUGCAGCAGCGCCGGCGCCACCGGCAGCCGCGCCCGCGCAGACGGCGCCGACGGCAGCUGCAAUGGGCGAGGGCUUCCUGGAGCUUCCACAGAUCAAGGAGGAGUCGGAAGCGGAUGGUGUUCCCCUUGGCGCCGCCUCCCCGCAUGCCCUAGCCACCGCUACCGCAGAGCCCGACUGGGCAGCAGUCCGGCACCUGUCGCCACCGCUGACGGAUACUGAGCUAAAGAACGCGGCCCCGGCAGCGUGGCAGUCUUACCUGCAGGAGGUGCUGUCGCUGGGCGCCGUGCCGCUGGUUCCGGAGGGGCAGCCAGCUCCGGCGUUUGGCAACAAGCCGGCGUUCCUGUGGCACGCGCAACAGGAUGGCUGCCCAACGGUGGAGUGGUCGUCGCGCAUCGUGCUGCGCGCCACCGGCGGAACCAAUUCUAGCGGCAGCGGCGGCGGCGGUGAGUGUUCCUCCGGCUCUUCCUCUGGCUGCACCUCCACCUCCACCGCCGCGACCACCAACGUUAUGGGCGCAACGCUGCACGUACCCAGUGACGUGGAGCUGCUAAGUGUGUGCGCGGAUCUGCCACCGGAUUUGCUGCCGUACAUGCCGCCAGUGAUGGCGGUUUCGGAGGUUCAAUUGCGAAAGGACAUUCCUGUCACAGUCAUGAAGUGGCGACCGCUGAUGGUUUGGCUGUCGCCCGACGCGACGCAAGAGCAGCAGGAAGCCCUCAGGCGCCUGGCGUUGAUCAAGGUCGGCCUUGUCGUACACUUGGACGAACAACAUGACUUUGUGAUGAGCCCACAGGGUCACACCCACGCCGCGCCACCCGCACGGGACGCGGGUUGCCAGAAGCAGCCGCAGCUACAGCCCCAGUACGAGUCCCAGCAGCAGCAGCAGCAGAGAAAACCACCACAGCAGCAAGCUCAGGCCAAGUCACUCGCCCAAGGCAAAAUACAGACGCAAGCUCAGGCACAGGCCAAGGGUCCUGCGGGACCUGUACAGACCCAAACAACGGCAGCUGCUGACAGCGGCACGUCUGCUGCUGCAGCGGCAGCGGCUCCGCCGCGAAACCCCGCCGCAGCGACGGCAAUGACUGGGGGCAUGAUUCCCCGGGAUGGGCCCGCGGAGCCGCAGUCGUCGCAGCACAAGGUGGCGGCAGUGUGGAUGAAGCAGACGGAUGGCGGCGGCGGGAGGGCUGUGGAUGGGGCCUCAUUGGCGGGGUGUAUGGGAGGGAGCCCCUCGCCAUCGUCUUGA